GGAUUGCAUAUCCUACUAUUACUCUAGGUUUGAAGUCCAAUUAGGCAAGCUUUCCAUGAUUCAGGAUUGAUACAAAAUUACUCAAAUAGAAUGAAUGACUAGUUAGGUUGAAACCACUUUAGACACUACCUCAUAUAUGUAUGCUAGUGGCUGUUUCCUAAUAUAGCAAUUUACAAGUUGAAAGGGCUUUGAGAACUGAACAUUAAUAGUAUUAAGGCCUGAUUCUUAUAGCAUGUUAAAAUAUCAAUUUGGUUAGAAAAUUGGAGAAGGCACUUUUGCAUAGGUCUAUAUUGGGGCUUGCAAUGAUGAAUAAGUAAACAAAUAGCAAUAAUGCCUCAGGUGGCCAUUAAAGUACUUCAGAAGGAAUCACUUAAGACAGAUCGAGACAAAUUUAGAGUCAAUAAGGAAAUCGAAUUACUAAAUAAGGUCAAUCAUGCCAACAUAGUUAAGAUGAAGGAAGUAAGAAAUCCUGCUUAGAGUAUAGAUUGUAGAGGAUGAAGAGUCCAUAUAUUUGAUAACUGAGUACGUUUCCGGUGGGGAAUUGUUUGAUUAUAUUGUGGAAUAAGAAAGGUAAAUUAGAUAAUAGUGUAGACUUACAAAUGGAGAGGCAAGACAUAUUAUUAGUUAACUGGUAAAUGCCAUUGAAUAUUUGCAUGGUUUGGGUAUCAUUCAUAGGGACCUUAAGCCAGAAAACAUUUUAAUGAGAGAUAAUGGAGAUAUAUGUUUAAUAGAUUUUGGUCUCUCAAUGGAAAUCACAAAAGGAUAGCUAUUGGUAACAGCUUGCGGGAGUCCUUGUUAUGCUGCUCCUGAAAUGUUGGAAGGCAAAAAUUAUGAUGGUACAAAAACUGACAUUUGGAGUUGCGGCGUUAUUCUGUAUGCUAUGCUAUGUGGUUACUUGCCUUUUGAUGAAGAGAAUACAUAAGUAAUAUCUUAUAAACUACAUUUCAGACUUUGUAUGACAAAAUUAAACUUUGUUAAUAUACGAUUCCUAAUUCAUUGCAUAAAGAUGCCAAGGAUCUCAUUAGCAAAAUCCUAGUAUAAGAGGAUUAGAGAAUCAAUAUUGAGUAGAUUAAAAAUCACCCAUUUCUUUUAAAUGAUGAUGAAGGUCAGAAUAGCAAUGAAUUAUCAAUUGAAUAAAUCGAAUAGCCUAUUGACUAUUAAGAAAAUUAAGAUAAUGAGAAUUAGUAAGCAUCCUUAAUAUAAUCACAACAACAGGAGGAAGACACUGUUGAAUAUGUUUAGCCAAUCUAAGAAAUUUAGAAAAGACCUAAAGGACAUACAUUAAAACGAGAAUCUAUAAUGAAUGAAUUGGAAGUCAAUAUCAACGGCAUGUCACCCAAAAAUAAAUUUGAACUGCCCAAUCCAAGUAAAGAGAGGAAGAACUUGAAAACCAUUGAACAAGCCUUUUAAAUAAUAUAGGAAUCUUCAAAAUAAAAGGAUAAAAAAAUUCCUGAGGAAUAACAAUAAUAAUAAAUUUAGUUAGCUAAUAAGCCAGCCAUGAAAAUCAACACUAAUAAACCGUAUACUAAAAUAAAGUAUGUACAAACUAUUAGGUAUCGUAAUUGA